AUGUCCCCCCGACGAGGCCCAAAAUCGACCAUUCAGGCACCAAGCAUCAGCACUACCUCCUGCCCCACCUCGCCAACCAACUACAAAUCCCAACCCCAGUCAACCUCCUCACAAGCGCCUUCAACACAACGGCACACACGCCAAUGCCCACGAGCACGAGUUAACUCCCCCGUCCACCUGUUGAGAGUGGAAAAAUUCGGGUUGAAGGAGGAACGUGUGUUAGAGGAGGGAGGGCAAGAACAAAAGCGAAACGAGGACGUCUUGUCGCCAACACACGAAAGACCACAGACCGAAAAGAGUGAUGGGCCAUGGAUUCAAACCAAGUGCCAAAGUGGACGCGUUGAGGCUACCAAGUUGAGCAAAAUGCAUUUACAUUUCUUCUUCUUCAUUCGCCUUCCCGAGAAUGCCCUGCUUGAAAAGAUCGACAAGAAAGGCGGAGGACCCUCGUCAUUCAAUGUUAACCGGAAAUCUGGUGGGAGGAGCCUUAUCCAAAAAAACGUGGGAAAGGCUCUAGACGAUGCUGGUAAGGGCUCUAGGGAGAAGAACGAGGAGAUAUCGCGUGCUUACGUCGUCAUCGAGGAGAAACAACCCCUCAAGCUGAUUGGGCUGGAGGCUAACGCGAGGUUUUUCAUCGUUGAGCUGACUCGGAGUCUCAUCCAGUGCCUAAACACUCCACUCAGUUUCCACCCGGGAAAUUGGGAGCUUGAAAGGCCAGUGCGCGCGCUGGAUGGAGUAAAGGCGGAGCUACUCGUUCAACUUUCGGACGUCCUACUUGUUCUGGCAACGAGGUGCUGGUUGGAAGCAGCUAUGUCUAGUACUCUGCCUGGUCAUGACCAUACGUCCAGUUUCACUCCCUCCUUAGACGGCAGAGGCGAUGCAGAUUUAGCAUCUAAAGAUGGAAAGCCAACGAAAAGGACGGGUCCUAACUACGGCGCAUUCGAAUCAAAUCGCCCCCUCUACCACAACGACCGUUUCAUUGGCCGCAUUCUAACGAAGUCUUUUGCCCCUCCUCAUACGGUAGCAUCUAUCAGGCGCUCCCUAUGCAAAUUUGAGGGCCUCUCCGAGCCCGACAAGGCGCUCGUCUUCACACCACUCUCAAGCCCAGCACCGAUGGAAAACUCUGCGCGCCUCUCUCUUUUUGCUCCUUCUGGGCCAGGCCUGUCUGAACAAGAUCCGAUCGCGAUAGUUGUCGAGUCGGAGAAGAGGACCAAGAACAUUACGCUGUCAGAGAAGCUCCCGGAACGCUCUGAUGAUACUGAUAUCCACUACGUGUACUAUCGCCUUUACUCAUCAGAAGGAGAUGGAGACGAAAAGGCAAAGACGUCCUUUGACGAAAGCGAUAUUUCGUUAGGGCGCAUCAACACCCUCUCCAUCGCUCCCCCUCACACCGCUGGGUCUUUGAAAGCACGCAUUGCAAAAGUUGAAGGCCUUGUCACGCCGGGUCAUGCAGUCUCCAAGGAUAUGGAACUCUUCCAAGACACAGAUAGUGAUGCUGCCAUGACUGAUGCUGAUGUCAUAUCAUUCCAAGGUGACACUUAUCCUGGUAGCGAUGAAGGCGAUCCCGUAGCCCUUGUCAAUGCAACCACCAAUACAGCUGCAGACCAAAAGCCUAAGCCUACACCGAAGCCUACACCAGCUGCAGACGAAAAGCCUAAGCCUACACCAGGUAAAGUUCUCGGCACAUAUCCACUAGACACUGCGGCAACAAACCGUGCUUUUUCAGAUGGACCAGAUUCAAAAUUCACGAAACGCGCUCGGUUAACUGGUACUUACGACUUCAAACCAACCGAUCCCACCUGGUUAUCAAUAAACAAAGAUGAGAUCGUAUACACAGAUGGAGUUAUCCUCACUGUGAUGUACUCUGGUACCGGCCGUAUUUCUUUCCUUUUCUACUUCGUCACCAAUUUGUUGACACUUGUCGUGACAGUGUUGAAUCCAGGAUAUAUGAUGAUUAAUUCCAAGGGUGAAAAAGGCUCAUUGGAGAGAGUGUAUGCCUUCGGAAUGGGAUAUGUCAGGACUAUGGCUCAAGAGGGAUUAAUGUACUGGCACUGCGGAUCUGUCAAUAUGUACCACCAGAAACGAGGACUCACUGAUCAUGAAAAACGAGCCAGACAUCGCAACUUGCAAUGCCGACGGUUGACGCUUUCAAAAGUUCAGUCCUGCUCAAAUACUCAAGCGAUACAGUAA